CUAAUAAAAGACACACCAAUCAAAAAUACAAACAUUUCAAAAUAAAGAAAAUUUUGUGAUUUCCACGAUAAUUUUUUACGCCUUUCCCACGCAAUAAUGCGUAGUUUUUCCUGGAUUUUUACCUAUCAUUAGCUAAGGAUGAGUGAAAAUGGUGCAGGAAAAGCCUGUGGCAGCUCUCGUUCUCACUCCCGCUGCGAUCACACUGAAUUACUUUCCGGAGUCCGGGAAGCAAUUCUGGGGGGUUUCCAGCUCAAUGGGGACAUUCUAGGGGAUGUGGAGUGUUUCUGGAAGCUCCUGCAGGCCCUGGAGCGUGUCCUCGUGCACGGAAUGCGGAUAUUUAAGAUAGACGGUUCUCCGGAUGUGUGGCGCUUCAUUGAGGCCCUGAGCUGGCUCAAUCCCUCCAUGGCAGUGUCAGUGGCACACACGAGUAGCUUCUCACCAGUUCACAUCCCCCACUCUCGCAUUAAAUUCAACCGGGAACUCGCAUGGCUCUUUGAGUGCCUCAAAAGUCGCACCCUGUCGUCCAAACUCUCCUGGUUGCUGUCGGAUUUUGAGCAUCUCAGCACCUGCUACGAAGCCACAGCCUUCCUGCGAGCUGAAAAGUACACCAAAGCCCUAUUUAUCUGCCUGGAGGCCGUUGAGAGUGGACACUGCGAGGUAAUUGAGCGAAUUGACGCGAAACUAUUCGACGAGGCGUCCACUCAUCGCAGAUCCAGCUCACACCCCGUCUACACAAUGGGCAAUAAACCCUCCCUGAAGAUCAACUACGACAGCCCUGAUGAUCAGGAAACAUCUGAGGCUGUCGAGGAGAUGCCCGUGAAGCCAAAGCCCGUCCGAGUGCGGAAGAAAACAAAGAGGACGCGCACAAAGAAGCCACGAAAGUCGAGACUCAAGGCCAGCAGUAGUUUACCGAAUAUUGCAACCCUCGAGAGGGAGCCUCGUGCCCGUAGUAUGACCAUCACACAACCCAUUUCCAUCCCGUUCAAGCCAGUGCGACUCACAGCAGAGUCCCUGGAGCAGCAGAGUGCCCGAAAUGUUGUGCCUUCCUUCAGCUACCGCACAUCCAGGGAGGGUGGAUCGGAGUGCGGUGGAUCCACGUCCAGAACUGUGGACAAGUCCACUCCCACGGACCUUGUGCCCAUUCAGUUGGUCAAGUGCGAUGACAUAAAGAUUCAUUUCGACAAGAGAUUCACACCAAAGACUCCAGCUUCAACGGACGCAACUCCAGCAGUUCAGGUUCCGGAAGUCCCUGAAGCAUCAGCAUCAUCCGUAAAUACUCCAAGUCAGAGAAAUCUCUUCUCAGUUCUGUCCACAAAGAAGUCCCUCUACCCGUACCUGGAUGUAACGCUGGACAAGGGCGAGAGUAGUGGUAGCAAUGGAACACCCUUCCACUCAAAUCUCCACACUUCCCCAUCCCCGGGGGAUUUUAUGAAUACCUUCAUCCCGCUGCCUGGAGAGAAGAUUCGCAAUCGCUACAGGAAAUCAUCGGUGCUCGAGGGAUUGGGAUCGAGUCCAAUAGUUGGGUCAACGCCGACGACAAGUCGUUCAGAGCAGGCAGCGUCGCGGCAACCAAUGCGUGGUCAGAGCCUCGCAUCUUACCUCCAAUCCGCACAAUUCUCCCAAACAAAUUCAGACCUCGAACGGGAGAAUGCUCAUUUCAGCGUGUCGGAUGCCAUGAUUGCGGCCAUAGAGCAGCUUCGGUGGACGAAAAUUGAGAAGGAGGAGAGUCGCGGCAGGAAUAGGGAAGCGAAAACACGCACAAGACUGAAGCAAUGGGAUGAGGAGAAUGGUGAUCCAAUCCCGGGAACGAGCUCCAGCCCGGAUAAUGUGUACUCCAGCGAGAGCUCUGAAGUUUCCCUUGAGAAUCUCAGUAUGUUCAAUGAAUCCGUCUCGUCGGACGAGAUGCGCCUCUCGGAAUCCUCGCAGAAUACAAAUGAUCACGUAGCCUAUGCGGAAUGGGGUGAAAAUACUCUCGAGGCUCUCUCAGCGGAGGGCGUAGCACUGAGUCUCAUUUCCAAAUUCAGCGACAAGCAGCUACCGCGAGCGUCUGAGCUAAUGUGGAUGAGCCCAGACAACGAACCCAUUGUGUCGCCGCAGUCAACGGGUUUCACACCGAAUAGCCUCAAUGGGGGCCACCCUGGAGAUGGUUUCCGGAUAAAUUCUGUCCUCCGGGGCACAAAGGAUUGGGCUCCGCCACGCCCACAAAUCAUCUUCACGCGCCAUCCUUCGCCAAAUCGAAAAGAAUUAAUAACGCAGCAGAACUUCCUCUGUGCUGGAUGUGGGAUGCGCGUGGCGAAGGCAUAUGCCCACAGACUACGCUACUGUGCCUACAAUGGGAAGUACCACUGCACAGGAUGCCACAGGAAUCAAAUUUCCGCCAUCCCAGCACGCGUUCUCGAGCGCUGGGACUUUUCUUGCCAUCCCGUUUCGGUUUUUUCGUAUAGGCUGCUCGAUCAAAUUUGGGCUUUUCCGCUUUUUCGCAUCCCUGACCUCAAUCCGCAGCUGUACGAGAAGGUGCGGAUGCUGAAUUUGGCGCGUACAAAGAGGAUUCAGCUGAAAUUCGUUGAGGAUUUCAUAAGAUCGUGUCGCUUUGCGACGCAGGUGCAGAAGCUCUUUGAAAAUGUACCCAACCACCUGACUAUUGAUGUAGAUGUGUGGUCUAUGGUGGACUUGGUGGCUGUGAAGAAUGGAUCCUUCAAGAGGGACGUAACGCUCUUUAUUGAGAAGUGCGAACAGCACAUUCUAAGCUGUGAGCUGUGCACCGCGAGAGGAUUCAUCUGUGAACUGUGCACAAAGAAAACCGUGAUAUUCCCAUGGCAGCCAAAUAUCCGACGGUGCAGCGACUGCGGCACAUGCGUCCAUGACAAUUGCUGGCGCGGCGAAUGCCCCAAAUGCAAGAGGCUUCAGCAACGACGAUGAGGGCACAAAAAAUAAAGAAAAAAAUCCCGGAUAAGUAGAUAAAUUAAUUUAUUUUCGAAAGUUCUUUUACAUCACACCUUUGGCACCUCUCAAGAAAGACAUUAGUGCAAUUAUAUUUUGAUGACAAGCUGAAAAUA